AAUGUGCGCCAGCGAAGUCGGCGGCGGCCGGGGCCGGGGCUGGGGCCGGCCGGAGGACAGCGUCGUCAACGUCGUCAGGCGUCGUCGGGGCCCGGGGCUCGAAACGGCAAACUGGCCGACUCGGAGGAGCCGAUGCGAGAGGCGCGGCGAGCCGAGGCGGCCUGUCUCGACUGCGCCAAGCGACUGUGCGCCAAAUGUCGACUGUUGCACGCCGGAAUGCCGGUUACCGCGGCACAUGUCAUCAUCCGCGUCGACCAGUUGGACGCGAUGCGAUGCCAACGGCAUCCUCGUGAGGUGCGUCGUUUCUACUGUCGCACAUGCCAGACGUUCGUCUGCCUCGUCUGUACCUUCGACGCCGGCCGAGAGACGGACAGCGUCGGCGGCCUCAGACCGACGCCGGUGACGCGACGACGUCGAGCCGACGCCGACGAUGACGACGACGACGACGACGACGACGACGACGACGACGACGACGAGGACGAAAAUGGAGAUGGAGAGGGCCAUGCGAAUCACGACGUGCUCUCGAUGAAACAGGCCAUCGAGGCCUACCAACGCCAGUUGGACGAGGACUCGGCCGAGGCGCAGGAGAAGGCCGAGCAACUGGAGGUGUUGCUGACGAGUCAGCGCAUCUGCCAGACGUACGUCUGUGAGCUCUACUUCGCCGUGAAUCAGGCGAGCAAGGAGGCCAUCCGAACCAUCCGCGAACGACAGGCGGCUCUUUUGGCCGAGAUCGACGCCAAUUUGGGCGUUCGGCUGGAGAGUCUGACGAGCGAGAACAACCGACUUGCCGGCGCCAUCGAGGAAUGGUACGCAUUUGUGCACGACGCUGGCCUACCACAUCGUCUGGACAACUUGGAUGCCAUCGAGGCGCUGACCGAGGCGGGCGCCCUUGUCGAGAAGGUGAGAUUUUGCUCGCGGCUACAAAUGUUGACCAUUUUGCAUUCGCUCUCCGAGGCUACCAGCAAGUCAGAAAUGUGA